AUGUGUGUAAUUGGUAGAGCGUCCCGCUUUCCACCUUCCCAACUCCUGUCUCGCACUCCUCCUUUGAAUCACCCCUUGAUUGGUUUGUGCUGAUGUGACCAAUUAUGAAGGUAACAGCGUAUACGGGCAGUGGAAGCUCCAAAGUUGAAUUUCUCUCAAGUGAGAAUUCUGAGCUUGUGCAAUGUCAAAAUAUUACAAAUGUGUUUUGCCCCCCCCCCCUUUUUUUUUUUCUGGGGUGAUACCAACACAGAAAGAAGUAUACCACUGAUGGCAAAGUGUCAUUAUUAGCAUAAACCUGGAAAUGGAACUUGACUGCAACAUAGAAAAGUGUCUGGCUGUUCAGUACAGUAUGAGCAAUAAAAGUGAUUAAAUAUCAAAAUAAUUGAAGCACCUGUAUGCUACUCUUAAGUACCAUGAAGCUGAAGGCAAUAACGGCUAAUAACAGCGGAUAUGUAAAGUCUACACAACACUAUUCAUAUGUGAGGUUUAAUGAAAAAUGAGACCAAGAUAAACUGGUUCAAAACUUUUUUUCACCGUGAGCAACCCGUGACAUCCAGCUUCACAAAAAUGUUUUUUUCUUCUUUGGAGUUUCCACUUCAAGACUCUCCCAUGUUUUAUUUUUUUUAAAUUAUUACAUGCUAUGAUAUGAAAAACUCUACCACUACCACCCCCCUUGACAUUGUUAAGCACUCUCGCCUCCCACCACCCCUUCCGUCUCGAGUUUGAAUUGGACUGUACACGACACGCCCAUUGUGAGUUUGAGCAUUGCAUCGCCUUCUCACUAACACGCCUCCCGUCUAUAUUUGAAUGCUGUCUCUAGGUAUAAGCCGAGGUUUCGCCUUCGUGGACUUUUAUCACUUGCAAGAUUCUACCAAGUGGAUGGAGACCAAUCAGAAUAAACUGGUGAUCCAGGGGAGAAACAUCGCGGUGCACUACAGCAACAGGAAGCAGAGGUUUGACAACUGGCUCUGCAGCACUUGCGGUCUUUACAAUUUCCGGAAGAGGCUGAAGUGUUUCAGGUGCGGGGCAACUAAAACUGAUGGAGACGUAGCAACCGGUUCAAACGCCGAGUCUCAGCAGUCUUGGGAAUACAGUGGCGACACAAUAAUUCUGAGGAACCUUCCCCCAACCUGCAAUGUCGAUGAGAUUUUGAAGGCUUUGGCUCCCUUCGCCAACUUGUCUCCGUGCAACAUCCGCUUAAUCAAAGACAAGCAGACAGGACACAAUCGAGGCUUUAGCUUUGUUCAGCUCUCCUCUCCCUUGGAAGCUUCGCAGCUGCUCACCAUUCUCCAGGGCCUCCAGCCACCUCUGAAGAUUGAUGGUAAAACCAUUGCGGUGGAUUACGCCAAAAGUGCGAGGAAAGAAUCGUCGCAGGCAGAUGUGAUCAGAAACAGCGCACUUUCAGUUGCCAGCACAGCCAUAGCUGCAGCUCAGUGGUCAGCCAGCCAGGUAAAGCAAGGUUCCGGUGCCACCUCCGAUGUAAUUACCCCUCUAGAGAGCUAUGCGCAUCAAACACAGGGACAGAAUUUUCAAGUGUGGCAGCAACAACCAGAAGGAAUGCCUCCUGUCACUGGGGAUGGAUUGCUGGGAGCUGCUCCAGGAGUGAAGAAUUUGCUCCCCGCAGGUGUAAUCUUGCCUCAAGUUUUCCCACCCGUCAUUAUCAACCAGGCUGCCAUACAUUUAGCGGCACCACUCAAUGCAAGCCAACUGGCUUCUAAUUUUGCGACCCCGUCACUGGUCCCAGCAGCAGCCAACAUUGCCAUUCACAACACUGGGACUGCCGCCCCGGACACGUCCACAUACCAGUAUGAUGAGUCUUCUGGUUACUAUUACGACCCAAACACUGGCCUGUACUACGACCCUAACAGUCAGUACUACUACAACUCUGAAACGCAGCAGUAUGUCUACUGGGACAAUGAGAAACAUGCCUACGUUCCUGCGCCACCUGCAUCGGACACAAAGAGCUCUGCUGCCUCCUCCUCAACAAGCGGCACCAGCAACAAGGAGCCUAAAGAGAAGAAAGAAAAGCCCAAAAGCAAGUCGGCACAGCAGAUCGCAAAGGACAUGGAGCGUUGGGCAAAGACCUUAAAUAAGCAAAAAGAAAGUUAUAAAACCAGUGUUCAAACAGCGGGGCCGCCAAGGGAUGAGGAGAAGAAAGAGGCUGCAGAUGCGUGUUUCUCCAUUUUUGAGAAGAAGCAGACAGGGGCCUUUGAGAUGUCGCCCCUUCUGACCGAACACUUGAAGCCGACAGAGCAAGAGACUCCAGCUAAGAGUGCUCCCGUCGUGGCUUACGACAAGGACAGCGAACCCGGGGACAGCGGGUCGGAUCGCAAAGUAGACGACAGCGGCAAAAUAACCGAUUGGGCCAAGCUGGUUUGCCUCCUGUGCCGCCGGCAGUUCCCCAAUAAAGAGGCUUUGCUGCGUCACCAGCAGCUCUCUGACCUUCACAAGCAAAACCUAGAAAUCCACAGAAGGUCGCAGCUCUCUGAAGCCGAGCUGGAGGACCUGGAGAGGAAAGAGACUGAGUUGAAAUACCGAGACCGGGCUGCAGAGAGGAGGGAGAAGUACGGUGUUCCAGAACCUCCAAAGAAACUCUUCAAGCGGACUGCUCCAACAAUACAAUACGAGCAGCCCACCAAAGAUGGCCUGACAAGCGAUAACAUUGGGAACAAGAUGCUGCAAGCCAUGGGCUGGCAGGAAGGCAAAGGCUUGGGACGCCACCAGCAGGGCAUCACUGUUCCUAUCUCAGCUUCCUUGAGGACCAAAGGCACCGGCUUGGGAGUGAAAGGAAGCACCCUUGAAAUGCCGGCAUCAGGCAACUAUAAGGAUUCUGUGCGUAAAGCCAUGUUUGCACGCUUCGCUGACAUGGACUGACGAACACAAUCGCAACCCCAACAUAUUUUCAUGAAAACGGUUCCCAUUCGCUUGUCAUGUUCAGGGUUACGUUUAUCCAAGCUGUGGAGGGGGAAAAAACCGGACUGUGGUCAUUAUACAAAUAUAGACAACCACUCACAGUGUCAUCCACAAUCACUGAACGGUAAUCGAUCCUCCGUAACAAUGUACAGCUGAAUUCACAUUAUAUAUUUGUAAUGGCAUUUUGUACAUGAUUUUAUCUUUCCAAAUGGCCAUUUCAGUUCCGCAAACAUGUACAAGGGUUUGUAAGCAAAGGUGUGCGAUUUUGAAGCAAUAUGACAAUUAAAAAAAAUCUUUUUGGUCACUA